UUAAGCAACUAAAUGGUUCUUCUGCACAAAAGUUUUGGAUUUUUCAAACGAUUCUCGACCUCAGCGACUCCAUCGACAUCCUCUGCUUCCGAUUGGAAAACCCAAGUGUCACUGUUCCGAUUAGCCACCGAAAUCUCUUCGAUCCUCUUACAAAGACGCGACUGGAUCACUCAUCUCAAACAUGUUAAAUCCAAACUCCCCAGGUCAACACUUACACCACCUAUAUUCCUCCGGAUCCUCCGCGAAACUCGAAAAUCCCCUAAAACCACUCUUGAUUUCUUCGAUUGGGCCAAAACCCAUCUCCGGUUCGAGCCGGAUCUCAAAUCCUGUUGUCGAGUAAUCCAAGUUGCUACCGAAACAGGUCUCUUGGAACGAGCAGAAGCCUUCGUGCGUCCUCUGAUUGAAACCCAUUCCGUGUGUGUGAUCGUUGGAUCGAUGCAUCGGUGGUUUGAAGGUGAAGUUUCACUCUCUACUUCUCUAAGCUUAGUUCUUGAGUGUUAUGCCUUGAAGGGUAGCUACCAAAACGGCUUGGAAGUGUUUGGUUCGAUGAGAAGAUUGAGACUUUCGCCUUCUCUUCGCGCUUAUAACUCUCUUCUUGAUUCUCUGGUUAAAGAGAAACAGUUUAGAUUGGCUUUGUGUUUGUACAGUGCCAUGGUUCGAAACCGGGUUGUCUCUGAUGGGUUAACUUGGGAUUUGGUAGCUCAGGUUUUGUGCGAGCAGGGAAAAUUUAAGAGUGUUGUUAAGUUGAUGGAAACAGGUGUUGAAAGCUGCAAGAUUUACACCAAUCUUGUGGAAUGUUAUAGCAGAAAUGGGGAAUUCGAUGCGGUGUUUAGUGUAAUACAGGAGAUGGAUGCCAAGAAACUGGAGCUAAGUUUCUGUUCGUACGGUUACGUAUUGGAUGAUGCCUGUAGAUUGGGAGAUUCUGAAUUGAUCGAUAAGGUUCUUGGUUUAAUGGUAGAGAAAGAGUUUCUAACUUUAGAUGAUUCAACUGUGAAUGAUCAGAUUAUUGAAAGGCUCUGCGAUAUGGGGAAAACGUUUGCCUCUGAGAUGCUUUUCCACAGAGCUUGUAAUGGUGGAACAGUUCGGGAUCGGACAUACGGUUGUAUGUUGAAAUCGCUGUCUGUAAUAGGGAGAACAAAAGAAGCUGUUGAUGUAUAUCGAUUGAUUUGUCGGAAAGGUAUUACGGUACUUGAUGAGAGUUGUUAUAAAGAAUUUGCAAAUGCUCUAUGCAGAGAUGAUGAUAAUAGCUCAGAGGAAGAAGGUGAAUUGCUUAUAGAUGUUAUCAAACGCGGUUUUGUUCCUUGUACACUCAAGUUAUCAGAAGUUUUAGCAUCUCUGUGUCGGAAAAGAAGAUGGAAUCGCGCAGAGAAGCUUCUAGAUUCGGUUAUGGAAAUGGAGGUCCAUUUCGAUUCCUUUUCAUGCGGGUUAUUGAUGGAGCGUUAUUGCAGAAGCGGGAAGUUAGAGAAAGCGAUGGUGCUACAUGAAAAGAUAAAGAAGAUGAAAGGAAGUUUGGAUGUGAAUGCUUAUAACGCGGUUCUUGAUCGGCUUAUGAUGAGGCAAAGAACUAUGGUGGAAGAAGCGGUUCAAGUGUUCGAGUACAUGAAAGAGAUGAAUACAGUGAACAGCAAGAGUUUUACAAUCAUGAUUCAUGGGUUGUGUCGUGUGAAGGAGAUGAAGAAAGCUAUGAAAUCUCAUGAUGAGAUGUUGAAAUUGGGGUUGAAACCUGAUUUAGUAACUUAUAAGCGUCUUAUCUCAGGUUUCAGAUGAAACAUUUUGAUCAGAUUUGAGUUUGUUUGUGUAGACAGCUUUGAAGAUCUAAAUGAAU